GUGAGAGGCAUCAACACAAACACAUGACAGAUAGCAUACAACACGACACACGAAUGAGCUGAGUCAAACACACGAAACGACAUACACACACAAACAAACAAACACACACAGGUGAACCAAACAGCAGCACCAGACUCACAGUUUAAGACUGGAGUUUGUGUACGCAGCUGAUGGGUGCGUCUGUGUGCCGCUAUGGCCGCUCUCUGUUGUCCGUCCUAAAGCUCGACAGGUCCAGACAGAAGGACACACUGAUGGGCGGUGAUGACUCUCUGGAUGGGCUGGACAGACAAGAGGACAUCGCCCAGUUCCCAUAUGUGGAGUUCACAGGCCGAGACAGCAUCACCUGUCCUACCUGUCAGGGGUCUGGACGAAUACCAUCAGGUCAAGUCAAUGAGCUGGUUGCUCUCAUUCCCUACAGCGAUCAAAGGUUACAGCCUAGGAGAACGAAGUGUUACGUGGUGCUGUCCGUAAUUCUGUGUCUGUUGGCUUCGGCCUUGGUGGCUUUCUUCUUGUUUCCUCGUCCUGUGUUGGUCGUCGAUGAUGGCAUUCGCUCCGUGACCGUGCACUUUGACCGAAACAACAGCAAAGUCCUGAUCAACAUGACGAGCUCGCUGAACUUCACAAAUUCAAACUUCUUCACCGUUUGGGUGGACAGUGUCAGCUGUCAGGUGCUCUAUAUGAAGACUGUCAUUGGAUCUCAACAGCUGGACAAUAUCAUUCACAUUCAGCCUCUCGGUCAGAGACAGGUCAACUUCACAGUUAGCAUGGAAAUCGGUGGAAGUCUGUCCUAUGUUUACGCUUUUUGCACUAUGGCAAGCAUCAAGGUCCACAACAUUGUGGUUUUCAUGCAGACCUCAGUGAAAACCUCCUACAUGGUGAGGGCGACACAGAACACACUUGAAGCUUACCGCUAUAUCGACUGUGGUGCAAACUCCACCAUCCAUCAGCCUUCGAGAAUUAUGUGGUCUAAACCUCACCUCCGUUGAAACCUCAGCCUUAGCGGUCUGCCUGUGAUCUGAAUUAUGACAUCAUCGCCAUGACCGGGUCAGAAUCAUGGAAAUAGACCGCAUGCGCUCAGUUCAAGAUCUUUGAGGAAGCUUUUGUAUCAUUUUCUAUUCUCAGUUAAGAUGAGGAAACCAACACAAGCUUGUUUAAAACAAAUUAAACUGGUUUAUUUUUGCAGUCUGAUAAUUGUUUCAGGGAUUGUCAGUCCACUUUCACAAUACUUUAGGUUUGAUUAGGGCCAAUGUUAAUACACUUCUUUGUUUUGGUUUGUGGUUGGUUUAUUUUCUAAAGCUCAAUGCUCAGGCAUCAAUACUUGAAUCCAUUAGAGAGAAUGUACACAGACUGGGAAUGUUUCAUAUGAAAUCUAGAUGGAGAAACAUUGAGAUGUAGAAAAUGAUUUCAGUCAAGUGAUUAUUACUGUAUGUGAUGUAUUUGUUACAGCCUGUGGGUUAUUUAAAGUAUUGUUUUGGCUCUGUGAUGCCAUGAAAACUAAAAUAACGGCUAUUAUCGAAUUAUUUAACCAGACUUGCUUCAGGAUUUGUAGCUACUAAUUUUAAGAAGUUUUUAUUUAAUGAAAACUGAGUUUGCUUACUGCGUUGAAUCACAAUCAGAAAGAUCUGAAGUAUAUUAUUAGUGGUUUGAUGUUUGUUCAGAUUAUUUUUAUGUCAAUGGAAAGCUGUUAAUAAGAAGUUUAAUGCAAUUUUGUUUGGAAUAAAGUUUGAAGAAAAAAUUAAAUAAACAUUUAGUCAUCUGUAA